GCGAUUCUUUCUGUUUUUUUGUUCUUCGUCGAUCGUCGUUGUUCAUCGAUUUUGAGAGCGCACAAUCGGACAUUAAUUCAAUUGGACCUCAAAUUUCCAGUUUGAUGGAUCCUGCUGUAUUUGUUAUGCUGAAGUUGGAUGGUAGCUGGUCUUCUGACUUUACGUUUAAUCAUACUCAUACGUAUGCUAUUCAUGUCCGCUCUCUUGCAACAUAUGAUUCGUUUAUUGCAAUGUUUACGGAGAUGCUUCUUCAGUAUAGGCCUCAUCAUAAAUUCAAACUCUCCUAUUUUCUUGAAGGUUUCCCUCAGCCUGUUGAAAUUAAUGAUGAGUCCAGUUUCAGAUUUUACCUUGACCUUAAGUUGAUAGAAACUGAUCUUUAUAAGUUUCCUUUAUGUGUGGAGUUUUUUUCUACAAAUACUCUUACCAUUCAUUCUGAGGAGCAAUAUAUUCCAUCUUAUCAGUCAUAUACUUCUUCUGGUCAGUCUUCUUCCAACAUUAUUUGUCAAGGAACUACUAGUGGUAAACACUGUGCCUUUGAUUUUGGUGAUGGUGUUCGUUCUGAAUCUUUGUCAUCAUUUAGUGACUUAUUAACUUCUGUGGUCAAUGAAAGCACCUCACAUUCAGAAGACAGUGAUUCGUUUUCAGAUGAAUCUCUCCCACCAUCUCCUAAAUCAGUUUACAGUUUCCACAAUCUGGAAGUUCUCACACAUCAUCAUCCAACUUGCAUUGCUCUAUAUGCUAUAUACCAGAAUAAGCGUGAGCUGAUAUAUCAUUUGAAGAUGUUUGCCAUCAGUAACAGCUUUCAAUACAGAACCAAAACUUCAAAAAAAAAAACUUUACAUGUUAUUUGUUUAGAUCCGGAUUGUGAUUGGGCUGUUCGUGCUGUCAAAUUGAAUGGUGUUGAGAUGUUUCAGAUCCGCAGGUAUGAUCCAGAACAUGUUUGCUUUGUUGACUAUAGACAGGGCAAACAUAGGCAAGCGACAUAUGAUGUCAUUGCAAAUAUGGUUGCACAUAAAUUUUUGGAUGCUUCUAUAAACCCGUACACACCUAAACAACUCAUUGCUGAUAUGAGCAUGGAUUAUGGUAUUUCGAUGUCAUAUAAGAAGUCAUGGAAAGCUCGAAAGAAAGCGAUGGAAAUGCAAUUUGGUUCUGAUUCUGAGUCUUACCAGAUGCUGCCUUCAAUUGCUUACAUGCUAAAUAAGACAAAUCCAAGAUCUGUUGUUAAUCUUGUUACAAGUGCUGAUGAUGCUUUUCAGUAUUUUUUCAUGUCACUUGGUCCUUGGAGAGAUGCGUGGCAGUAUUGUAGGCCCGUGCUUAUUUUGGAUGGAUCAUUCAUGAAAUCAUAUUACAAAGGCACCUUGUUGACAGCUUGUGCUCAGGACGCGAAUAAUCAAAUUGUUCCUAUAGCUUUUUGUAUAUGUGAGUCUGAAAGUAAAGCAACUUGGCGGUGGUUCUUAUCCAAGGUUCGUUCAUGUAUUGAACAUCGUUCUGACAUGUAUAUCAUAUCUGAUAGGCAUAAAGGGAUUCUUAGUGCUGUUCGUAAAAUAUUUCCACAUUCUGGCCAUGGCUUUUGUGUUGAACACUUACGCCGCAAUAUGACAUCGAAAUUCAGAGGCUCUGCAAAAGAUUUGGGUUGGAAAUUUAAAGCUGCAUAUUCGGCUUCAACUGUGAAAGAGUUUGAGUAUUACAUGUCACUGUUAGAUACUCAAGAUGCCAGAAUACGCCCAUGGUUAGAAAAAGUUGGUAUUGAAAAAUGGGCUAAAUGUAUGUCUGGUUUCAAUAGAUUUAAUGUGAUGACCUCAAACUGUGCUGAAUCUUUAAAUAGUGUGAAUGCUUGUGCAAGACAGUACUGUGUUUCCAAACUCAUCAAUUUUUUGCGUGAAAGAAUGCAAGAAUGGUUUAAAGCAAGGAGGGAAAUAGCUGAAUCUACAUGUACAAAGCUCUCUGAAAAAUAUGAAAAGCUUCUGGUUUCCUUACAAUUUGAAUCAAGUCGUAUGAAGGUGAAUGCAUCUUGUGCAUAUGAGUUUGAGGUCAUUGAUAGGAAAUGUAGACGCUUUGUGGUCAACCUUAAUUCAAGAAUAUGCACUUGUGGGCAGUUUCAAUUAAAUCAUUUUGUUUGUGUUCAUGCUGUCGCUGCAAUUGGUUCACGCCCUGGUCUAUCUUGUUACAGUUACAUAUCCACUUACUACACAAGAGAUCACUUGUUGGCAACUUGGAGUGGUAUAAUGCACCCAAUUGGAGAUCCUGAAGAUUGGAUCAUUCCUUCUGAUGUUUCAAGUACUAUUUGCAAGCCUCCUACAUGUUUGAAGCGCCCACCAGGGCGACCCAAAAGGUCCAGAAUCCCAUCAAUUGGAGAACAUGUUGGUUCCAAACGUCGAAAGUGUUCUCGCUGCAAAGUUUUUGGCCACAAUAAGAAGACUUGCCGUAAUGCUCUUCCAGUCGAUAAAAAUUGACUUCCUUUACACAGUUUUUAGAGUCCUUUACUUUUUAUUAUCGCCAGAAUAAGAAGAGAUGUUAUUGGAAUGUUACUUUCUAUAAUAAUAAGACUUGAU